GGAGCUUGAGUGUCGACUUACAAAGGACAAGCAGUGAAUCAAACGUUCCCAAUAGUACGUGUCAUAUGCAGAGAAAGAAAAAUAUUUCUUUGGGUGUAAACUGGACACCUUGUAUGAAAGGAGAAGAAACAGCAGGCCAAAUUUGAGGCCAUGGGGCUUCUGCAGAAGAGCCUUAGAAACUUAGAGGGCAAAGAAUCUUAGGGGGUGUCUACUAAGCAGAAGAAAAGGGAGACCAUGUAAACGGGACUUACAUAUGGCUGCUGCUGGAAGAGCAGGAGGGAGACCUCGUAAACAUGACUCACAUAUGACUGUUACAGAAGGAGCAGGAGGUAGACCUUGUGAACAUGACUCACAUAAAGCUGUUGUCAGAAUAGCAAGAGGUCGACCUCCCAAAGAAUAUCCAUUUCUUUUAAUAGAAACAAUACAAGAAGAAACAGUAGAUAUUGAUAAGAGCAAUCCAAAGAAACAAUCUCUUCUGAACACAGGAGCAGGAAGAGGUAGGCAACUUAAAGAUUUCCCAGUUCCCCCAUUAGUGGAAACGCCAAAGAAAGAAACAGAAUUGGAGAAUGAAAUGAGCUGUCCAAAGAAAGAACCCAGGAGACAUGUUGAAAAAAAGAGUCCAAAGCGAAUAGAUGGACAAGUGAAACAAACAAAUGAGAAACUGUAUAAAUAUGAACCUCUAUUACAGUCAGAAGAGGGAGGAUGUCAAAGAGCAUCUUGUUCAGUUAAAACUGAACCAGAUACUGAGUCAACUCCUGAAGCAGGAAAACGAACAGUGAAUGAAGGGACACACAGAGAUAUCCAACAUUUCAAUUUCCCAGUUCUUCCUUUACUGGAAACACAAAACACAGAAGCAGAAUGCGGAAAAAGCAGUCCAGAGAAACAAUUUCUUCAAACUUCAGGAUCAGGGAGAAAAAGAAGCGGAUCCUGUCACCUGACGCCAGAUGUUCCACCAGAGUGUAAGAGGAGGAGUGAGACGAGAGACCAGCCUUUUCAGUCGGGAGUCCUAAUGGUACAUGUGUAUCCUGAUGAGUCUUGUCUUUCCAGAGGUCCGGGGGAAAAAAAGAGUCCUUACCGGAUAAAUGACCAAGCAAAACAUACACUGUAUAAAAUUGUUGUAAAAGAACCCAUAUCAGAGUACACUGGGGAAGAACAGCAGUCAGAAGAGGAACAACAUGAAGAAGCAUCUUGCACAAUUAUAACUGGACCAGACACUGAAUCAGAUCCUGAAGUGGCCCGAAGAGUCCUCGAAGCAGGAAGAGAAACUGAUCCUUCUCUGCAGAUGGUCAGGGGUUCUAUCCCUAUGAGCACCAAGAUUAAAGCAGUAAAACUAGCUGGAGAAGUGGGUCCAAGAAGUGGUGGAAAACAGAGAACCAGAGAUUUGACUCCGACAAUUCCUGUCUCAAGUGCCAGGAAGAUAACCUUUAAACAGGUUAGACCACCUGGAGGAGUGCAAGUAGCAGAACAGACUAGGGGAAGCAGUGGAACAAGGAGAAACCAAGUUUCAAAAAUAAUUGGAGGCAGGGUUUAUGGAAACGAAGACCCUACCCCAAAUAGGGAAAGACACAGGGGAAGACCAAGAAUAGAAUCUGCUCUAACUCCUCUUCGAAGAUAUGAACAAGCAAAACAGACAAAAGAGAAAUUGUAUACAGUUGUAAAAGAACCCCUAUUAAAGUCGAGUGAGGGCAAACCAUCACAUUCAGAAGUGGCCCGAAGAAUGUUUGAAGCAGGAAAACAAAUAGAUCCUUCGUUAAAUGUUUUUUGCAGGGGUUCUAUCCCUUCAAGUUCAAGGCAUAGGGCUUUUACACCAGCUGCUGAAGUAGAGCAAUCAGAAGACAUCCCAAGGUGGGAUGGUAGAGAGAGGGGCCUAACUCUAUCAAGUCUUAUUUCAAGUACCCAGAAAAGGACUGCUACACAGAAGGAAGUACAACAUAUAGUUGUAAAGAAAGAACAGAUGAUGGAACAGGAGGAAGGUGAAGAACAGUUUGUGGUGAAGCCGGAUGUAGAAGAACUGUUUGUGGCAAAACUGGAGGUAGAAGAACAGUUUGGGAUAAAGCCGGAGGUAGAAGAACAGUUUGUGGUAAAGCAGGAGGAAGGUAAAGAACAGUUUGUGAUAAUACCACAGGUAGAAGAACAGAUUGUGGUAAAGCAGGAGGAAGGUAAAGAACAGUUUGUGGUAAUGCCACAGGUAGAAGAACAGAUUGUGGUAAAGCAGGAGGAAGGUAAAGAACAGUUUGUGGUAAUGCCACAGGAAAAAGAACAAGUUGUGGCACAGGAGGAAGGUGAAGAACAGUUUGUGGUAAUGCCACAGGUCAUAGAACAGGUUGUGGCACAGGAGGAAGGUAAAGAACAGUUUGUGGUAAAGCAGGAGGUAGAAGAACUGUUUGUGGCAAAACUGGAGGUUAAACAGACUCUGGUCCAGGAGGAAGGUGAAGAACAGUUUGUGGCACAGGAGGAAGGUAAAGAACAGUUUGUGGUAAAACAGGAGGUAGAAGAACAGUUUGUGGUAAAACCGGAGGAAGGCAAACAGAUUCUUGCACAGGAGGAAGGUAAAGAACAGUUUGUGGUAAAGCUGGAGGUUAAACAGACUCUGGUCCAGGAGGAAGGUAAAGAACAGUUUGUGGUAAAGCAGGAGAUAGAAGAACGGAUUUUGGUACAGGAGGAAGUACAAGAUCAUAUUGGGAAAUUAGAACAGACCAGUUGAUAACAGUGAUUGAUGAUGUCAUUCCAACUACUUUCAAAAUUUCUGUUUAUAACCUGUAAAUUUUUAUCAUCAGUUGUGUGACAGGUCAAGUGUUUUUUAAGUGACCUGACUCAGGUAUGCUGUCACAGCGUUGUUUGGAAUAUUGGUAAUUCCAGGGGAAAGGCUUCAUGGACAACAAAAAAAUCAAUUGGAUUGGCGAAACGCCAAUGAAUUUAGAUAUCUCCUCAUCAUAGUAAGUGUACAAUUUUACCAAAAAUAUGGUAUAGAAAUAUGUAGAAAUACAGUGGACACAAGAAUAUUAAAAUAUUCUUUUUCCCACAGUCCUUACAUUAAAUAUUUUAUUUAAAA